GUAGGCGGGGAGGCGUACAUAAACCUCGACGCAGGAGGCGGGGUUGCUCAGUCCUCGAGGCGGCGGUGCUCAGUGGUGUCGGAAUUUUGUUGCUUGGCGGCCUGUGCGCGCGUGCGCGGACAUGGCCUCAAACGACUAUACUCAACAAGCAACCCAAAGCUAUGGGGCCUACCCCACCCAGCCUGGGCAGGGCUACUCCCAGCAGAGCAAUCAGCCCUAUGGACAGCAGAGUUACAGUGGUUAUGGCCAGUCAGCAGACACUUCAGGCUAUGGCCAGAGCAGCUAUGGUUCUUCUUAUGGACAGACCCAAAACAGUUGAGUCCCUCUUACUCUGGGUUACUUCUGUUCUUUCUGAAUGCUGCUUUUCUAAAACCUGAAUAGUGCUGAAAUGUUGAAACUGCAACCAGCUCCCAGUAGCACCUCUGGAAGUUAUGGUAGCAGUUCUCAGAGCAGCAGCUAUGGGCAACCCCCAAGUGGAGGCUAUGGCCAACAGUCUGGCUAUGGUGGACAGCAGCAAAGCUAUGGACAGCAGCAAAGCUCCUAUAAUCCCCCCCAGGGCUAUGGACAACAGAAUCAGUACAACAGUAGCAGUGGAGGAGGUGGAGGUGGUGGUGGAGGCAGCUAUGGCCAAGAUCAGUCCUCCAUGAGUGGUGGAGGCGGUGGUUAUGGCAAUCAGGACCAGAGUGGUGGUGGCGGCGGUGGCUACGGGGGAGGCCAACAGGACCGAGGGGGCCGUGGCAGGGGCGGUGGCGGUGGUUAUAACCGCAGCAGUGGUGGCUAUGAACCCAGAGGUCGUGGAGGUGGCCGUGGAGGCAGAGGCGGCAUGGGCGGAAGUGACCGUGGUGGCUUCAAUAAAUUUGGUGGCCCUCGGGAUCAAGGAUCACGCCAUGAUUCUGAACAGGAUAAUUCAGACAACAACACCAUCUUUGUACAAGGCCUGGGUGAGAAUGUUACAAUUGAGUCUGUGGCUGAUUACUUCAAGCAGAUUGGUAUUAUUAAGACGAAUAAGAAAACUGGACAGCCUAUGAUUAAUUUGUACACAGACAGGGAAACUGGCAAGCUGAAGGGAGAGGCAACGGUCUCAUUUGAUGACCCACCUUCUGCCAAAGCAGCUAUUGACUGGUUUGAUGGCAAAGAAUUUUCCGGGAAUCCUAUCAAGGUUUCAUUUGCUACUCGCCGAGCAGACUUCAAUCGGGGUGGUGGCAAUGGUCGUGGAGGCCGAGGGCGAGGAGGACCCAUGGGCCGUGGAGGCUAUGGAGGUGGUGGCAGUGGCGGCGGUGGCCGGGGAGGUUUCCCCAGUGGAGGUGGUGGUGGUGGAGGUCAGCAACGAGCUGGGGACUGGAAAUGUCCUAAUCCUACGUGUGAGAACAUGAACUUCUCUUGGAGAAAUGAAUGCAACCAGUGUAAGGCUCCUAAACCAGAUGGCCCAGGAGGGGGACCAGGAGGCUCCCACAUGGGUGGGGGUAACUAUGGAGAUGAUCGACGUGGCGGCAGAGGAGGCUAUGAUCGGGGCGGCUACCGGGGCCGUGGAGGGGACCGUGGGGGCUUCCGAGGGGGCCGGGGAGGUGGGGACAGAGGUGGCUUUGGCCCUGGCAAGAUGGACUCCAGGUGAGUAAGAGUAUAAAAA